AUGUGGCAAAUAUUAUUUUACGGACGGAGUGUGACAUUUGUCGAAGAUGUUCGACUAUCCGAGGAGAAUAUCUUAGAAGUGUGCAAAAAUCUAAAUAUUCAGAUAAGUAAUCUGCAAAUAACAUAUAUCGAAUCAACAAACGAUGAUAAGCCCCUUCAUCGGCCUCCUCGUCCGAUUGAAGACGAGAUGCGCUAUUUCAUCUAUUAUCCACCAACGAAAUCUAUUCGACAAAUCGACGUUACAGACACUGUUCGCGUUCAAGACAUCAUCAAACAAGUUCAGCAUGAAUUUCAUUUGACGGCACAAGGUUCAGGACCUUCUGAAACAUCGAUCGUUCUCAAUUAUAAUGGUAGUGAUUUGAAACCCAAAUGGGCCGUGGGUGAUUUGGGAAUACCCUCAGGUGCCAUUAUUCGGUGUCUUUAUCGUGAACAGAAAGCAGCUGACCUCUAUAUUUACUGCGCAUUUAAUCAACAAACGAUAAAAAUAUUUGAUUCUACAUUAACUUUGGAAACAACGAUUGGAACAAUUCGAAAGAAACUGAGUGAUACACUCGGUUUACCACUGAGCACAUUCUGUUUGGAAAGUCGAGAUGGCCGUGUACGAUAUUAUGAUCAUAUGAAAUUAAUUAGUUACGAUAUUAAAUUGAAUGGACGAGUGUAUCUCAAAGUCUGGAAAGGAUUCGAAAAGUUUUUGACAAAUUGUCUAAAGGGUUUCCAUGAUACAUAUGCACAGGACGAUUUGACCAGACAAUAUCAACUCCAAAUUGCACUACACAUUGCAGCAUUUUAUGGUCAUAUGGAAUUAGCCACCAGUGCAAUGCAAAUGGGUGCCCGUAGUGAUCGACCUGUUGGUGAACAUCCCAGUCGUCAAUGGAGUUCGGUAUUAACCGAUAAGAUUCUCCCAGAAAUUCAAAAAUGUCCAUUUCAUAUUGCCAUUGAACGUGCACAUGUGAAAAUUGUUGAUCUAUUUGUGCGUCAUAAUAUUCUGUGCACACAAGUUCGACAUCCAAUCAAUGAUUAUUUACCUUAUCGUUUAGCGUUGACUCUGUCAAGUCAAUCGAAAGUGAAAGACGAACGUCAACGUUACAGUGAAAUCUACUUUUACCUCGAUGAUAAGCAAUUCAAUCUGAGAAUACCGUUAAAUUCAAACGGGGAGCAUGUACAAGCAGCGCUUGGAUCAUCGACAUCAGUUAGUGUAGUAACACAUCAUUCACAACAUCAUGUUCUGAUAUCAUUGCCAUUGUACUGCAAAAUUAUUAAAUGGUACGAACGUGCUCGUGAAUCAGCAUGGAAAAAGAAUGGUGGAAAUUUUUAUUCAAACCCGCUAUCAAAACGUAUUUAUCCUAAGACCGGUUUACUCGGAUAUAAAGUGUUAAUCGACGGAUAUAAUAACACGUUUGACGGUGUUCAAGAGCAAUAUUUGCAACAAAAGCCAAAUUCAGCAAAGCAUAGUGGUGGUAUCGAUUACAUUGACCGAUAUUUUGGCAAAGAUAUUUACGAAAAAGAAAAAUAUUUGCAAAAGAAAACGUACAUGAAACAGUUUGGUGUAGAAGAUAAACAUCGUAAAGGGAAUCUGGCACCAACAAUCACGGAUCAACGACGAUUCGCAACAUCAAAACGACAAAUGCCAUAUACAUCAAAAAUCGAUCAAGAUAAAACUUCGAAAGUAAACACUAACAAAUCGACGGUGGUUCAACCGCCUCUUGAAGGUCUUUCAUCAUCGUCCGAAUUUUUACAGCAGCAAAGUAGAGACUGGCAAGUUAUGAGUAAUCAAAAAUUGACAUUAUUACCCGCAACAAUCAAUGAAUCUGCAAUACAGCUAUCAAAUGCACUGAAACAUUUAGCAACAAGAAAAUCAGCGAAAAAGGUAAACACGAACAAUAAGGACACUGAUGAGAAGGCAAGCACAGUCGUUAGUUCUGUAACAACGGACCCAUCAACUAUUACUCACCUAACAACAUCAACUGUAACACAAGGUCAGGCGACAAAAGGAAAAGAAGAUACUACUCAUCGUGAGCCAUACCGAAAACCAGCCACAACAAUGUCCGUCUAUUCGACUAUCAAACCAGGUGCAAGCGAAGGUAAAAAACGUCAUAGUCUAAGUACAAUCAGACAACCGCCACCAGAUCCAUUCAAACAUCUUCUAUCAACAUUUCCUGUCAUAACCGAUCAUAAACCGCCAUCACUAUCACCUACAUCAUCCAUCUCACACAAAAUACAAGCUGUUGUUCAAACUAAUAGCGAUAUCGAUACUCAACAACCUCUCUUAGAUGAUGAACCAACACGAUUAAUGUCUGCUGCGAAUGCUUAUACACUGGCUGCAUCGAAAGCCGCUCUGAAAACCAAAUUAGAAUCCAAACAACGUCUUAUUUCCAAUAGACAAGAGGAAAAGAAAUCAAGAUUUCUCACCGCCGAUCAUGAAGAAUCUGAAAUUACCACUCAAAUUAGCUCACAGACAACGAAGAUGACGGGCAGUGACAGUAAAAUCGACGAUAAUGAACAAGAUCUACUCUUAGAUGUCGACAAUUACAUUCCAUUAUCCGACCAUUCGACUGGUACACGUCAACGUCCGAUUAAAUCUCGUUUAGAUGUUGAAAUUCAUCGUUCAACUGUUCAGCCGUAUCAACGUUACUCGAGCGCUACAGCGCGUGACACAGCUAUCACGUGUUUGAAAGAAGCUGCUUACUUCAAACGAAAAUCGUGGCUUAAACAAGUUGAAAUAAGUAAGGAAAUGGUAAGACAUAAAGUAAAACGACGAAUUCGACGAGCAAAUGAGACAUUGUUCAGUCAUAUAGAUGAAGAUGAUGAUAACGAGAUUACUAAUCAGCCAUCGGGAACUUCUGGAGCAAAAACGACCUCAAUCGCUGCAUCAAGCAAUGCGAAAAUGAAUUCAUUGUUCGGAAAUAAAUUUUUACCUAUAGCUACCUCGAGACAAUUUGCAGUUAAGAUUGCAUAA